AUGAAGGACAUUACAUGGUAUCAGUAUAAUGAAAAUUUGCUAAGACAUGGAGAUCAAAGAUUUGAUAAAAGUAUUAAGAUAAAUAAAUUAGGAACAAAAAAGAAAAUUGAUGUUAGGUUUAAUAGUCAAGAUAAAGAAAGUAGCAGAAAUAAUAAAUGCAAUAGUGACAAUUUAAAUGAAGCAAAAAUUAAUAAAUAUAAAGAUUUAUUAAUUGUCAAAGAUUGGCUUACUACAA